AUGUCGAUUCAAGAGAAAGUGAAUUUAACAACUGGCACGGGCUGGGGGUCUGGUCCUUGUGUUGGGAACACCGGAUCAGUGCCCAGACUUGGAAUUCCGAGUUUAUGCUUACAAGAUGGACCCAAUGGAAUAAGAUACGCUGAUUUUGUUUCGCACUAUCCGUCCGGUCUAGCUACGGGAAGCACUUUCAAUCGUGACUUGAUGUUUCUAAAGGGAAAGGCACUCGGACGGGAGUUCAAGUAUAAAAACAUACACAUCGCCCUCGCACCAACGAUUGGGCCAAUUGGAUUGAAGGCUCAAGGUGGAAGAAAUUGGGAAAGUUUUGGAGCAGAUCCAUACUUGCAAGGCGUGGCAGGCGCACAGCAGAUCAAGGGCUUGCAAGAAGAAGGCAUCGUCGCUGUGGCUAGGCAUUUAGUGGGAAACGAACAAGAGCAUUUCAGACAAGUAAAUGAAUGGAACGUUAAUGGAUGGGACAAACUACAGAAGUCCAUCAGUUCAAAUAUUGGUGACCGAACAAUGCAUGAAAUAUUCCUAUGGCCCUUUGCUGAUGCUAUUCACGCUGGUGUUGGAGGAAUUAUAUGCUCCUUCAAUCAAGUCAAUAACACUCAGGCUUGUGAGAACUCCUAUCUCAUCAAUUACCUCUUGAAGGAAGAGCUCGGGUUCCAAGGCUUCGUCGUUUCUGACUGGGGCGCUCAACAUUCUGGAGUUGAAUCUGCCCUUGCAGGACUUGACAUGUCCAUGCCUGGCGAAAUAUUUGACGAGUGGCUUAGCGGGAGGUCUUACUGGGGUCCCUCCUUGACUCGCGCAGUUUACAAUGACACUGUUCCACAGGAGCGCUUGAACGAUAUGGCAGCCAGAGUGUUAGCACCAUUCUUUGCAAGCAAGACAGUGAACCUACCUCUUGAGAAUGACCUUCCAAAUUUUUCCUCAUGGACCUCUCAUACAUUUGGCCAGCAAUUUCCAUAUCAACACUUUGGCCCUAUCACACAGCAGAAUUGGCACAUUGAUGCUCAAACUGAAAUGUCAGACACAGUCUCAUUGAGUAUAGCUCGAGAAGCUAUAGUCCUUUUAAAAAACAACGGACAUCAUUUACCAAUUGACAAAAAUAAUGGUCUCAGAAGAUUAUUUGUGGCCGGUCUGGCUCAAAGCUCCGAUAAAAGGGGAUUCAAUUGCAAAGACCAGAAAUGCACUUCGGGAGUGAUGACAUCAGGAUGGGGGUCUGCUGCUGUAAACAAUCCAUUCGUUGUGACACCUUUCGAGGCUAUCAAGGAAAGAGCGGCAAAACGCGGAAUAAUAGUAGAUACAAACACAGAUGACUGGGAUGUAUUCCACGCAGAAGAACAAGCAGACUACGCGGAUAUGUCAAUUGUCAUGGUUGGCUCCUACUCAGGCGAGGGAUAUAUUGAGGUUGAUGGAAACUAUGGAGACCGCAAGAAUGUUAGUUUAUGGAAUAACGGCAACGAGCUCAUCAAACAUGUCGCAAACCGGUGUCGCCGCACAGUUGUGGUAAUUAGCACGGUUGGUCCGGUAGAUCUUGAGGAGUGGAUAGAUCACGAAAAUGUUGUGGCAGUGCUUUUAACGGCGCCACUUGGUCAAUAUGUUGGCCAGGCUAUCGCUGAGGUGCUCUUUGGUGAAAUAAAUCCUUCAGGUAGAUUGCCAUUUACCAUCGCCAAAAAAUCGCAGCACUAUGUACCCUUGGUAGAAGAUCUCACACAAGGGUUCAUACCACAAGAUAUAUUUGACCGCGGUAUCUAUUUGGAUUAUCGUUUCUUCGACAAGCACACUAUACGACCCAGGUAUCCAUUUGGGUUCGGCCUCUCCUACACAGAAUUUCUGGUCUUCAAUUUGAAAAUUCGGGAAAUCUCUCCGCCAACUGAAUUCCUUCCCAGACCAAAAGAUUACAUUCCUUUAAACUCUGCAGUUCAAGAUGAUAUUUGUGACCCCGAAGAUGCUCUUUUUCCAUAUGGCCAGUUCCAAGCUUCUCCGGGGGUAAUUUACCCGUAUCUCUUUGAUGAAAAGGUCCAACUAUUGGAAGAUGAUGAGACUUAUCCUUAUCCAAAAGGAUAUAACAAACAGCACAAAAGAACUCCUCCGGUCUCCGGCGGUGGACUUGGGGGCAAUCCAGCCCUAUGGGAGGAAAUCUAUGAAGUCACUGCAGCUGUAGCCAACGAUGGUGCACUUCCUGGCGCAUAUGUUUCGCAGUUGUACCUAGAAUUUCCAAAUAAGAUAGUCCAAUCGCCACCAAAGGUCCUUCGCGGCUUCGAAAAGGUUUACUUGGAACCAAAGCAGUCUGCAAUAGUGAAAUUCAAGCUUUUGCAUCGCGAUUUGAGUAUUUGGGACACACAAACGCAACAAUGGAUCAUCCAGACAGGUACCUACAAGGUCUAUGUAGCAAGUUCGAGUAGGAAAAUCGAGCUUGUUGGAGAAAUCGAAAUCGGUACUUCAGCUUUGGAGCCUGCGAAAAUAUAG